CCCAUUUUACUUUUCACACUCUUCUAUAGCUCGGUGCUUGUUUCAGAGGCUUUAGAGCAGCGGUUACAAUGUCUUCCUCGUGUGCUGUAUCCACACCAUUCAGAACAGAGCUCUUUAACUCAAUCGGUAGCUCUAACAGGCUCAUUGGCCCAUCAAGAACGUUUCACUACAACAGAAGCAAAUGUGAAAUGAGUAGGAGGGGUUUUGCUUUCAAAGGAAUUGUAGCUUCUGGGAUUUCAGUCAUGAGCUCUUCUUUGACAGCUGAGCCUGCUAAAGGUGUUGAAAGACUAGAAUUCAAACCGGAGGGGUACAAUUUCUGGACAUGGAGGGGUCGCAAGAUUCAUUAUGUUGUACAAGGAGAAGGCUCUCCGGUUGUUCUUAUUCAUGGGUUUGGUGCUUCUGCAUAUCAUUGGAGAUAUAACAUACCAGAGUUGGCUAAAAGACACAAGGUUUAUGCCAUAGAUUUGCUUGGAUUUGGGUGGAGUGAGAAGGCACUUGUAGAAUAUGAUGCCAUGGUAUGGAAGGAUCAGGUGGUGGAUUUCUUGAAGGAGAUCGUGAAAGAACCAGCUGUCUUAGUUGGAAACAGCCUUGGGGGAUUUACUGCUCUUGUUUCAGCUGCUGGGUUGCCAGAACAAGUUAUUGGGGUUGCCCUGCUAAAUUCUGCAGGACAAUUUGGAAAUCCAAAUAGUGAAACUAUUAAAACUGAAGAAUCAACCUUCCAAAAAGUUAUACUGAAGCCACUGAAGGAAGUUUUUCAGCGAGUAGUACUUGGAUUUCUGUUCUGGCAAGCAAAGCAACCAUCUCGAGUUUUAUCCGUUUUAAAAAGUGUGUAUGUAAAUAAUACCAAUGUGGAUGACUAUCUUGUGGAAUCUAUAACAAUGCCAGCAGCUGAUCCAAAUGCCGGAGAAGUUUAUUACAGAUUGAUGAGUCGGUUCAUGGUGAAUCAAACUCAAUAUACUCUAGACAGUGUCUUAAGUCAGUUGACUUGUCCACUCUUGUUGCUGUGGGGUGAUUUGGACCCAUGGGUUGGCCCUGCCAAGGCUAUUCGAAUCAAAGAGUUUUACCCAAAUAGCUCUCUGGUAAAUUUACAGGCCGGGCACUGUCCACAUGAUGAAGUUCCAGAGCUUGUGAACAAGGCUUUACUAGAAUGGUUGUCAAAUUUACCAACUCAAGCUGCUCUCCAAACAGUUUGAACACUCGUAAAGAUUUUGCAACAUUAAUAUUCAUGUAUACGUAUAUAGGUUAUAGUUGUAAUUUAUACUGUAAAUUCAUUAAUGUCAAAAGUUUUGAUUCUUUCUUUGGCA